ACUACUACUACGACUACCACCACCACCACCACCACCACCACCACCUCCACCACCACCACCAGCACCAUCACCACCACCACCACCACUAGUACUACUACUACUACUACUACUACUAAUACUAUUGUCACUACCAUCUACAUCAAAGACCACCACACCAGUAUCAUUACUACUACUCUACUACUCCUGUUACUACUGCUGCUACUACUACACAACAUUAGUACUACUGCUACUACUACUCCAACAAUUACUACUACGACUACGACUACUACAAAAAUUAUUACUGUUACUAAUAUUACCAUCAACACUACUAUUAUUGUACUACCUCUACCACUACUAUUAUUAUUACUGCUACUAUCGUCACCACAACACGGCCACCACGUAAUACUACUAUUACAAAUACUACUACUACUACUACUACUACUACUACUACUACUACUGCUACUACUACUACUACUACUACUACUACUACUACUACUACUACUACUACUACUACUACCAUCACAGUUACUACCAUAUUACUAUUGCUUCUGCUGCCGACACUACGUCCAUGAGAAAAGAAAUAAUACUAUAAAAACGACGCGAGUCUUAUUACCGCCAGUUUCUCGUCGUCGCCGUCAUCGUCGUAAUUGCUAUUGCCGUCAUUGUCGUUGUUGCCGGCAAGCAAUAAGUCACUCUAUAUUUCGUAUGUUUAUAACCUACUGCUAGUAGGAAAAUUUAAAAAACGUAAAGUAAUCCUGUGGCAUCAGCCUAUAUGACACAAUGUCAGGGUCUCAACGCAUGCGAAAGUCUUCGCCAUGCUCUACGUCAAAGCAAGGACCAAUGCGAGCUACCCUGCCUGUAAGCUCUUUGCUACGGCAGGGUCGACAAGGCAGCAGUCUAAGAAAAAGUAACAGCAACAGUCCUACUGUGUCUCCGCCAAAUGCUAGUACAUGGCGAACACGUAUUUCACCAGAGACUUCAGCUUCCUCAGGACAACGGAGCCCUGGUUCACUUUCCUACAAAGCCAAAUCGAAAACAUUAAGUGGUCGCUGUAGUGAAAGUCUAAGUGGUAACCAAAAUAUCCGUAGAACUGCAUCUUUGGAUACAAUAUACUUAAAAGGCCAAUGGCCUCGCGACACAUACUAUAUGCAUUCCAGCCUUCUGGUAGUUGAUAAAUCUACACAGACUGACGAAUGGUCUAUUGAACCAAGGAAGAUGCAUACCCGUCAUUCUACAGAACAAACUACCACAGACGAAAAGCUAGAAAAGUACUUCAGACAUAGAUUACAGCGUACAAAUAAAGAGAGUACUAGUAGUAGGGAAAGAACAGCAGCUUUUGGCCUUAUAAUGCCUGGUGGUCCACCACCUGCUCUUCCUGGUGAUCAUACUGUGCUUUUGCCCAGCAUUGCAUCACAGACAUCUAUAUACAAUCAAUUUUCUUUGAAUACAAAAGCAAGUCCUAUGAGCAUACCCGUAAAACCAAUGAGGCCUCCAAUGCGUUCUUCCAUUGAAGGACUGAAUCAAGAAAUAGAAGGAUUAGUACUCAAAUCUACAACAAACACUAACGAUCCAGAUCACCCAAUAGAAGAUAAGUAUGCGCGAUAUCGUGAGCAAAUAACACCCGAAGGACAUCGUGCACCUUUGGCAGAUUUGUUAAGGGCGACUCGUAGUGUCAACACACAAACACCAGCUACUGAUCUUCCUUCCAGUUCUUACUCUUCAGGCCCUCCAUCUAGGAAUUCUGAGUCUCCGCUGAUACCUGGUCUUAUGGAUGCUUCCCGUUCACCUAGUGAUCUCUUCCAAGGUGGAAGCCGCGGAUCAACACCUGAACAGGAUAGAGAAGGUCGUCUUGGAACGUCUCCUCAUAUUAACAGGUUCCUUGCAAGAGAACCUCCUGAUGGCUGUGAGAAGGUCAACCUCAAAUUUGUAGAAGAUACGAGGCGACCUAUGAUUGACUUGAGCAAACUAGAGUAUUGUUCGAAGCCAUGUGUAUCAUUCCAAUUGAAACCAAGUUUGGGCUCAGCGUUCCUGCCAUUGCAACAGCCGGCCAGUCCGACAGUGGUUGCUAGUGCAUCAGCCUCUUCUCAUACAGCAUCAACUACACCUCCCCCGAAUCCAUAGUCCUACUUUUUGCCUUAUGGAGUAGCAUUCAUAAUACCAUUUGAUAUAUAUUUUUUUUAAAGACUUCAUGGGUAGAAAGUGGACUUACUUCAGGUAAAGACAUAUGUACCGACAAAGAAAAGUUACCAAAAAUGCAGCCUGUCCCUAGUGUGAGCUAAUGUUUGGACAAAGUGAUUAUGUAAUUAGAAUUAUAAUUGCAUUGAUAUAAAAUAUGGGGAAGGCUUCUAAGCUCUGCUAAUAUUUGAAACAAUAAUAAAUACGAGGAACAAUAAUUUGUGAUAACUAAAAGAUGACGAACGAACGUUUGGAAACGAACAUUGUGUUCUACAGGGAAAAAGACUAAUGGAAAUUGUGUAUUCUAAAUUUAGUGCAAAAAUGUGCUAAACAAGUUUAGUUUUGUAUACAGGAAAUAAUAUUCAACAUGUCGGAAGGUAUUAAAUUUAAUUGCUGGAGAAAGCAAAAUUAUACAGAUACAGAGAAAGGGGUAUGUAUGCAUACAUAUGUACAUUCACACCCACCUACAAUGAUUUAUCUCAUUUAUACAUCUAUCAUUUUAAACGAUCCAAGAUAAUUCAGUGUCAUAUGUUAGAAUUUUGUAUGGUUUUGUAUUAUUAAUUGUAUACUGAAGAUAUUCAAAUUAUCAUUAUUAUUAACAUCAUUAUUAUUAAUUUUAUUCAUUAUUAUUAAUUAUUAUGAUUAAUAAUAUCAUAUGGGGAGCUUGAAAAUCAAGUACUGUUAAACUCCUUUUAUUUCUUUUUAAGUAUUAGUAGAGUUCAAUAUCAUCUUAAGACAAAGUAUAUAGUUUUGUUACUAUCAAAAUUUAUGCUAUAUUAUAUAUAAAAGUUUGUACUUUUUUAAUUUCCUUUUUUUUUUUCUUUUUUAUUUCUGAUAAAUAUUUUACGAAGUAAGAAUAGUGCUAUUGCAAAUUGCGUUUGUAAUUAAAAAUUACCAGUAUCUAAAAAUUUUAUUUGCACUAGAAAAAGUUUUAUACGUGUCUAUGUCUUUUGGUAAUGUAUUACCAUUGGGCUAUGCAAUUUUUUUUAUUUAAAUUGUAUUAUGUUAGAUUAUAAUCAGUAUAUUUACUAUCAAUAAAACAUGUAUUGAGAAAUCGAUGCAUGUAUGAUAAAACAAACCCAACGAUAUAGGGUGGGUGUAAUAAAGAAGAAAAAUGAGAAAGUGAUAACGUUGCAGACUGAUUAAAGUAAAAGGAAAAAAUACUUUAAUCGGUAUUGUAUCAGAUGUGCAUACAAAUGACUCCUUUUCAUGACACUGGUGUGCGUGCGUGUGUGUGCGCGCGCGUGUGUGUGUAUAGGGGGUGAAUGAGUAUGUACUAGUGUAGCGCGUGGAUAAGUUCUUUUACUUUUUUUAUUUUUUUUUUUUUUUUUUAUUUUUUUUUUUUAUUUUUUUUUAUUUUUUUUUUAUUUUUUGUUUUUUUUUUUUUUUUUUUUUUUUUAUUUUUUUUUUUUUUUUAUUUUUGUAUAAACGUGGAUCUUAGUAAGAAGAUAUAUAAAAUCUGCAUUUUAUAAGGACAACAGCAUGCAUGUGUUGUAAUAAUGAAAAUCCUGAUUGAGCCAUUCAUGAGAAUAACCGGAGAAAUAAGUUUAAUCAUAGAAAGGAGUGAUUCGAAUGUGUAUAUAUAUAUAUAUCCGAUUUAUAUGUAUAUAUAUAUAUAUAUAUAUAUAUAUAUAUAUAUAUAUAUAUAUAUAUAAUUUCAUGAUUGUAAAAAUUUACUAUAAACAGAACUUUUAACAUGUAUCUGAACUGGACUGCAAAAAAAGGUAAUAGAGAGAAGGAAAGGAUAUAAAGUUAAAAAAAAAUUGGACUUAGUGAUGUAUUCAUUUUUAUGAAAUUUUUAUUCAACAUUAACUGUGCAUUGAAUGGAUCAUUGAAAUAUCAAGAUAGAAAUAAGCGUACCUAAAGUCCUUUAUGAGAUGGUUUAAAUUAUUCUGUAGAAUAUACAGACAUAGCUACACCGAGGAAGCUCAAUUUAUUUUUUGCUUUCUACUACAAAAGAAUUUGCAGAAAAAUUUUAUAGCUACAGGUCUGAAAAAUCAGAAACUCAAUAAAAUAUAAGGAGCAGGGCAAACAGUUUGUUAAGUACAAUAGAUCAAUAGUAAUAUACUUUCUAAUAUUAUAAUAUCUAUUUAGCUAUAACAGUAAAAAAUGUUAACACAUAAGUACCUGGCACACUGGUCUAUGCUCUCUUUUAACCAGCUUAUUAGGAAGUUCAUGUCUUAGAAUGCGUGGCAAUGUGUGCUACACAUACAAGAAGGUUAACUAGAGAGUUAAGAUACAUAUAAAUAUAUUAGCCAAUUAAAAUGUGUACAACACGAAACUAAUUUGUACUUUACUAGUUUAAGAACACUUUACUUAUAUUUUGGCGUAUAGCUGAGAUUAGUACACCAUUUUAAGAGUAUUCUAAUCUAAGCAUUAGAUGUAUCUUAGAAUUAUGACAUUGAAUACGCGCUUCUGUAUAUAUUUUUAAAAGAUAAAACACAGAAUUGAGAAAUAAUUACGAAAAUGAAACAGUGUAAUCAAAGAGAAUGUUUGAUAUGCUUUAGACAAGUGCAAAGAAAUGCCAUUGAAAAAAAGUUAUAUUAUUUUUAUCGCAUUAUCAAAACUUCUCUUUUUAACCUUCAUGUACUUGCAUAAUGUGUUAUCAUUAUUGUUAGCUUUUGUUGUCAAUUUCAUAAAAGAGAAUAAUGUGUGUAAAGACUGCUAAAUUAUAAUUAUCUAUUAUUUGGAGAUACAUAAAAAGAAAAAAAAAAAAAAAAGAAUUAAAUAAAAUAGGCUCAGAUUUUAUUGAUUACCUAUGAAUAUAAAUAUAGGUAUUUUUGUGAUUCAUUUAAUUCUCUCAUUACAAAACAAUCCUUAUGUGACUACUGUUCGGUACACUCUCUUUCUACAUAUCUAAUUCAAUCUGAGCAGGUUUCAGAAAUGCAAAAUAGUUAUGUCAAUUAUAAAUUUAUUUAACCCUAGGACUGUCCAGGCAUACCAUCAUUAACGUAUCAUGCGCGUAUUAAAAGCGAUUAAUUGUAUAACGUAGAGUGCAAUUUGUAAUUUGCUCUAAAGUGUGCAACCAUUUUUGUGGCACACGAUACGUGUAUUUGUACAGAAUAUCUCAACAAUUUUAUAUAUAUAUGCUGGAAUUGAAUGCAACUUUUUUUAUUCACUGUUUCGCAAUAAAUAUAUAAAACAAUGA